GUGUUUUAUGGUUGAAAUUACGACGUUGACAUUUCUCCGGUGUAAAAAUAUUCCGGCAUAUCUUAAGCAUCGUAAUAUUUGUAAAUUUUGUAGGUUGUUUAAGGCGAGACUUACACAACAUCAAUGCGGUAACAAUAAACAAUGCAGUUUAUCCGUGGCUUUUGGAAUAUUCUCAUAUACUUGCUUGUAUGCAUUUGCGUGAAACAAUAUGGUGCCGUGACAGCGAUACGUUUGCCAAUACUGGAUUUGGUUUAUCAGAGAAUGAAUAACUUCAGUGAUAGCAUUCGUGAUACGAAUCAUUUUUUUGAUGCGUACGAUUUUGUGGUUAUUGGUUCUGGAUCUGGCGGUUCGGUUGUGGCCAAUCGAUUGAGUGAGUUACCAAACUUUAGUGUUCUAAUACUAGAAGCUGGAGGGGAGGAGAAUUUUUUAUCAGACGUACCAUUGACACCGUCCGUGACACAAAUGACAAAAUUCAAUUGGGGAUAUAAAACCGAUCCGGUACAUGGAGCUUGCUUGGGUCUAAGAGGUGGUGUUUGUAAUUGGCCGAAGGGAAAGGCGCUAGGCGGAACAAGUGUUAUAAAUUUUAUGCUCUAUCAACGAGGACAUCGUCGUGAUUUUGAUGGUUGGGCUGAAAAUGGGAAUAUUGGUUGGAGUUAUGAUGAGGUUUUGCCAUAUUUUAAAAAGUCGGAAAGAAUUGGAAUUCCAACACUUUACAAUUCACCAUACCAUGGCCGUGAUGGGUACUUGAAUGUGCAGCAAGCAGGUUUUCGAACAAAAGUCUUGGAAACAUUUCUACAAUCAGCCAAAGAAUAUGGAUACAAUGUAAAUGAUCCAAAUGGUGAAAGUUUAUUGGGAUUUUCACAAGCUCAGGCAAAUACACGCAAUGGACGUCGCUGGAGUGCGGCCAAAGCAUUUCUUCGGUCAGCUCAAUAUCGACCAAAUUUAUUUAUUUCGAUGCAUUCACGAGUCACAAAAAUUUUAAUCGAUCCAAAAUCUAAAGUCGCCUAUGGUGUCGAAUUUUUAAAACAUCGUCAACGAUACCGAAUAUUUGCACGAAAAGAAAUAAUUUUAUCAGCGGGCCCAAUUGCAUCACCGCAACUACUCAUGCUUUCGGGAGUCGGACCGCGUGAACAUUUAGAAGAGAUGAAAAUACCAGUUUUACAAGAUUUGAGAGUCGGUUUCAAUUUGCAAGAUCACAGUGUUGUUAACGGAUUGGACUUCACGGUCAAUCAACCGAUAACAAUGAGCGAAUCAUCAGUGCAAAAGCCAAGAUAUAUGCUAGAUUAUUUUCUAAAGGGUAGUGGACCAUUCACUAUACCCGGCGGCGCAGAGGGCCUUGCCUUUAUAAAGACAUCAAAUUCAAGUUUUGUAUUUGAUUAUCCCGAUAUUGAGAUCGUGGCCGGAGCUGGUGGCUUAUCUGGUGAUAUAUCGGGUGCAAUGCGAAAUAUGGUGGGAAUAACUGAUGAAUUUUAUCACACUGUUUAUUCGCACAUCAUUGGCAAGCCAGCUUUUGGUUUGGUUCCGGUACUGCUGAGGCCAUUUUCACGCGGUAGAAUUAUGUUGAAGAGUCGAAAUCCAUUCCAUUGGCCAAGAAUGCUGCCAAAUUUUUUCUCAGACCAACGAGAUGUUGAAACUUUGAUUAAAGGUGUACGAUCGUGUCUUAACAUAGCGAAUACAAAGGCCUUUGCGAAAUGGAACACAAAAUUCAACACACGACCAUUCCUGGGAUGUGAGCACUUGGAAUACAAUUCGGAUUCAUAUUGGGAAUGUUGUAUUCGACGCCAUGCAGGGAGUCUUCAACAUCAAGUUGGCACGUGUAAAAUGGGGCCUUCAAGUGAUCCGACUGCAGUCGUAAAUCCAAGUCUUCAAGUCUAUGGCAUCAGAAACUUACGUGUCGUGGACUCAUCAAUUAUGCCGCAAAUUGUAGCCGGUCAUACAAAUGCGGCAACAUAUAUGAUUGGAGAAAAAGCAUCCGAUAUGAUUAAAGAAACGUGGUUGAACAGUGUAUUUAAAUAG